AUGGCUUGUGACAAGAGCAGCCUGGGCGGCAUAUCUCCCGCGAAGCAGAAAAAAACCUCACGAAGAGGUGAGACCCGCGAAGGGCCCGCGAUCGAACGUGCGCCGCGAAGUGCACUCAAGGGCAAGGCACUCGUCUCGUUAGUAAACCCUCCUCCCCUCAUACGUCGUCGUCCCCGUGUGAGACCACUCAUUGGCGGAGCUCGUGCCAUGACUACCAGGCUCGUUCUAUGGCGUCAAGGGGCAGUCGCUCCAGGAUGCGCGCACGUGUGCAACCCGGGGUCGGCGGGGAACACAGUACGCGCAUCAGUUCCUGUUGCGCCGUCGGGCAUCGGUUCCUGUGCUGCCAUUGACUUGGAGGGCCUAUGCGACGCAGCCAGAAUCCUCGGUGAAAGGGACGAGGGGAGAAAUCCAUGGGGCUACACGAGGGCGGCGGUGUCCGACGGAGUCAUGGCCAGUGACCUCACGCCGGACGCGAGCACCACCCUUCGCACAUUCCAAGCUCCCAAGUUCGCGGAGUGGCUUCGUAGGACAAAACUCAGAAGAUAG